AUAUGACAUCGACACAAAAUCCUAAAACCCCUUUACCACCGGAAUUGAAUUGCAGAGAAGAAUGGCAUCAACAGUAGACCCAAUUGAAUCCUUCAAACCCUACAAGCUUAACCAAACUCUCCCAGCGCACAAACGCGCUAUCUCCAGCGUCAAAUUCUCCGACGAUGGACGCCUCCUCGCCUCUUCCUCCGCGGACAAGACCGCCCGUACCUACUCCCUCUCCGGUUCCUCCGCCGGCGUCCACCACGUAUUCGAAGGCCACGAACAAGGAGUUUCCGACCUUGCUUUCUCGUCCGAUUCACGCUAUCUCGUCACUGGUGCUGAUGACCGGACUAUUCGCCUCUGGGAUGUAUCGACCGGAACCCGCAUCAGGACUCUCAUUGGACAUACUAAUUUUGUGUUCUGUGUAAAUUUUAAUCCCCAGUCGAAUAUGCUUGCUUCGGGUUCGUAUGAUGAGACGGUUCGCAUUUGGGAUAUUAAGUCUGGGAAGUGUAUAAAGGUGCUUCCUGCCCACUCCGACCCGGUGACCGCGGUUAAUUUUAAUCGGGAUGGGACGCUGAUUGUUUCGAGUAGCUAUGAUGGGCUUUGUAGGAUUUGGGAUGCUUCUACUGGACAUUGCAUGAAGACUUUGAUUGAUGAUGAACAUCCACCUGUUAGUUUCGUGAAGUUUUCUCCUAAUGGAAAGUUUAUUCUCGUUGGGACUUUGGACAAUACUUUGCGACUUUGGAACUACUCCACUGGCAAAUUUUUGAAAACCUACACAGGCCAUGUCAAUUCUAGGUACUGCAUUUCUUCAGCAUUUUCUAUAACGAAUGGGAAGUAUAUAGUAAGUGGUUCUGAGGAUAACAAUGUCUACUUGUGGGAGCUUCAGUCACGAAAAAUAGUUCAAAAGCUGGAAGGUCAUACGGACACUGUUAUAUCAGUAUCGUGUCACCCAACUGAGAAUAUGAUUGCGUCCGGUGCUCUUGGAAAUGAUAAGACCGUGAAGAUUUGGACGCAAGAGGACUGAUAUUUUUCGUGGCUGUAAUCUUUUUACAUAAUCGCAACGAGAUGGCUCUCUGGAGACCAGAAUGGGAACCUUUUGUUUGUAAUAGUCUGUUAAUAUAUGUCUAGGCAAGUGCAUUGUGGAUUAAUUUUUUUCAGGAAAUCCUGAUAGUUAAUUGUUUUGAAGUACUCCCUUCCGUUACUCUACCUAAUUUAACAUUAUUCGGAUUUCAGGAUAUUGCUGCUUCGGAUUAAUAUAUUUGUUACCCAACUUAUUGAAAAUUC